AUGGGUAAGGAAGAGAAGAACCACAUCAACGUCGUCGUUAUCGGCCACGUCGAUUCCGGCAAGUCGACCACCACUGGUCACUUGAUCUACCAGUGCGGUGGUAUCGACAAGCGUACCAUCGAGAAGUUCGAGAAGGAGGCUGCCGAACUCGGCAAGGGUUCCUUCAAGUACGCGUGGGUUCUUGACAAGCUCAAGGCCGAGCGUGAGCGUGGUAUCACCAUCGACAUUGCCCUCUGGAAGUUCGAGACUCCCAAGUACUAUGUCACCGUCAUUGACGCUCCCGGUCACCGUGAUUUCAUCAAGAACAUGAUUACCGGUACCUCCCAGGCCGACUGCGCUAUUCUCAUUAUCGCUGCCGGUGUUGGUGAGUUCGAGGCUGGUAUCUCCAAGGAUGGCCAGACCCGUGAGCACGCUCUGCUCGCCUACACCCUCGGUGUUAAGCAGCUCAUCGUCGCCAUCAACAAGAUGGACACCACCAAGUGGUCCGAGGCCCGUUACGAGGAGAUCAUCAAGGAGACCUCCGGUUUCAUCAAGAAGGUCGGCUACAACCCCAAGACCGUUGCCUUCGUCCCCAUCUCCGGCUUCCACGGCGACAACAUGCUUGCCCCCACCACCAACGCUCCCUGGUACAAGGGCUGGGAGAAGGAGACCAAGGCUGGCAAGUCCACCGGCAAGACCCUUCUUGAGGCCAUUGACGCCAUCGACACCCCCAAGCGUCCCACCGACAAGCCCCUCCGUCUUCCCCUCCAGGAUGUCUACAAGAUCGGUGGUAUUGGAACAGUGCCCGUCGGCCGUAUCGAGACUGGUGUCCUCAAGCCCGGCAUGGUCGUCACCUUCGCCCCUGCCAACGUCACCACUGAAGUCAAGUCCGUCGAGAUGCACCACGAGCAGCUUACCGAGGGUCUCCCCGGUGACAACGUUGGUUUCAACGUGAAGAACGUUUCCGUCAAGGAUAUCCGCCGUGGCAACGUCGCCGGUGACUCCAAGAACGACCCCCCUCUGGGUGCCGCUUCCUUCAACGCCCAGGUCAUCGUCCUUAACCACCCCGGUCAGGUCGGUGCUGGAUACGCCCCGGUUCUCGACUGCCACACUGCCCACAUUGCCUGCAAGUUCUCCGAGAUCCUCGAGAAGAUUGACAGACGUACCGGCAAGUCUGUUGAGAACAACCCCAAGUUCAUCAAGUCUGGUGACGCCGCCAUCGUCAAGAUGGUUCCCUCCAAGCCCAUGUGCGUUGAGGCCUUCACCGACUACCCCCCUCUGGGACGUUUCGCCGUCCGUGACAUGCGCCAGACCGUCGCCGUCGGUGUCAUCAAGUCCGUCGAGAAGUCCGCUGGCAACGCUGGCAAGGUCACCAAGUCCGCUGCCAAGGCUGGCAAGAAAUAA